AAAAGCAUGACAGAAUCUCUUUAAGCUAAAAUUGGGGCAAAUUGCACAAGCUACAUAAGAGAUAUCCCAUUGUAUUCUAAACGCUUAUCUGUUAUCUGCUCUGUAUCCUGUGCCUUUUCUCCUUUUUCAGCUUUGCAAGGCCGCAUAUUUAUAUAAAUUAUAGUAGUGUUUUAGAAGCAAACACAAGUUUUACUAGUGCUGCACAACAGUACAUUAUAUUUAUAUUACUUUAUAAGACUUUUUUUUUGGUGUUACUGUUCUUAAAAUUAAAGCAGAAAUUAGUAAUUAGUUAACUAACCGUGAUGCACAGUUAACUGUUAGAUAUAAUUUUUAGAGCCUUUGCAGCUGCAGGAGAUCAAAACUAGCAUUUCUAGUUUCUUAAUCUUUAAUUAGGGUUUACCCGGAUAUGGGGGAGGGGAAGGGUGGAGAAAUUUUGGAAUGAGGAAGCUUGUUUCACAGACUGCUGAAUUGUUUUCGUCUGUAACGAUGGCAUUUAAAGCUAAUAAGGUAGAACAGCAGCGGGUACCAUCUCUGCCACGACAGAAAUCCUUUAUUCCCCCGCAAAUCCCAAACCCCUUUGUUCAUGAAAUCAACCUGUCCCCAGUUAACAAGUUAAAGAUGGUGUUAUGUGGUUUGUUUCUUCUUCCACUCCGAGUCAUUCUCUUUAUGAUUGUUUUACUUGUGUCAUGGUUGGUUGCAGCCAUAGCUACCUGCUGUUGUCCUGAAAAGAAUGAGAAACCACUUGAGGGAUGGAGAAGGAAAGUAACUCAGACUCUAAUCGGCAGCCUUGGACGCCUUCUGUUCUUCUCUAUGGGAUUCCAUGUUCGGGUGGAGGGGAAACCAGCCACUCCAUCUGAUGCCCCUAUCCUCUUGGUUGCUCCACACUCCUCCUUCUUUGAUGCAAUUGCUGUUAUUGUAUCUGGAAUGCCAUCCAGUGUUUCCAGAGCAGAAAAUAUAUCAGUGCCUAUAUUUGGUAGGAUACUCCGGGCUCUUCAGCCUGUUCUUGUGUCCCGCGUUGAUCCAGAUUCCAGAAAGAACACAAUAAAUGAGAUUAAAAAACGAGCAACGUCAGGAGGGGAAUGGCCACAGGUUUUAAUUUUUCCAGAGGGUACCUGUACAAAUCGCUCAUGUUUAAUAUCCUUCAAACCAGGUGCAUUUCACCCUGGGGUUCCUGUUCAACCAAUACUUUUGCGAUAUCCAAACAUUCAGGAUACGGUCACCUGGACUUGGCAGGGAUUCUCUGUUGAAAAGCUUCUAUUAUUGACUUUGUGUCAAAUCUGCACAAAUGUAACUGUGGAGUUCCUUCCAGUAUAUGUUCCUUCUGAAGAGGAAAAGAAAGAUCCUUUUCUUUACGCACACAAUGUCCGGCACACAAUGGCACAAGCACUGGGACUACCUGUCACUGAUCAUACAUAUGAAGACUGUAGGCUCAUGAUGACAGCUGGAGAGCUGACUUUACCAAUGGAGACUGGCCUUGUGGAGUUUACAAAAAUCAGCAAGAAGUUGAACCUAAAGUGGGACAGCAUCAAAAAACAACUGGAGGUAUUUGCUUCCAUCGCAGGAUCAUGCAAAGGAGGAAGAAUUGGUAUUGAGGAGUUUGCCAAUCAUCUAAAGCUUCCAGUAUCUGAUGUUCUGAGAGAGCUGUUUUCAUUGUUUGACAGGAACAAAGAUGGAACAAUAGACUUCAGAGAGUAUGUCAUCGGUGUGGCAAUCCUUUGCAAUCCCGCUAACACAGAGGAAACAAUUAAAAUGGCAUUUAAGCUAUUUGAUGUGGACGAAGAUGGAAGUAUUACAGAGGAUGAGUUCAGUUCCUUAUUACAGUCCUCCUUGGGUGUCCCUGAUCUGGAUGUGUCCAAACUUUUCAGGGAUAUGGAUGCUGACAAUUCAGGAAAAAUCUCUUAUGAGGAAUUCAGGAAUUUCUCCCUGAACCAUCCAGAAUAUGCCAAAUUGUUUACAACUUAUCUGGAACACCAGAGGUAUUAUGCUUAUAUGCUUGAAUGUGAAGAGAAAGAAGACUAUAAUGUAAUGGUUCAAAGUGCUGCAAAUAAAUUAUGUCCCAUCAGCAACGAGGAAGAGAGAAUUAGUGUAUCUGACAAAAAGGAGGACUGAUAAAACAGCAAAGGAAGUCUAAGCAAUUAAUAAAAUGAGUAAAAUAUGCAAAAAUAUAUUACCUAUGCUAUGUACCUGGCUACAAAAUGUUUACUUUUUCAUCAUCAUGUAAGAAUUGCAUGUGGGUAAUGCCAUUUCUCAUUUAGAGAUAUAUAUAUAUAUAUAUAUAUAUAUAUAUAUAUAUAUAUAUAUAUAAUGUUAAAGGGUGAUUAAAAUGUGUGUACUGCUUUUAUUCAUGGUGGUCGAGGUACGUAGAUGAUGUAGAUCGUAGAUCAGCCCCAGUCUUAUUAAGAAUUUACUAUAAAUUGACUAUAAUUGACUAUUGACCUUAAACAGUCCCAUUCUUUCUCCUAACAUUCAUAUUAAUUUCACUACCUUUCUAUGUUAAAGGCAAUGUUAAAGAACCUUUACAUUAGCAAUUGUACCGCACAGUGGUGGAACCCAGCAAAUUUCAAGCUUUUGCAGGAGUAUUUGUAUAGCAUAAUAAAGCUGCUUGUUACAAAUGUAAAAAAAAAUUAUACAUUUAUACCAUUUAUAAAACGUUUUCAUUCACUAGGUCAAUUAAUCAAUAAACUGAGCAUUCCUUCUCCAAACAUUUCUAUUUAUAAAUAGUAGCAGGAGCUGAUAUUUUGGGGUGUAAACCUCAUCGGAACAGGAUUCUCUUUCCUAAAGCUGCCCAAUCAUAUUCAUCUACAUUCUAAAGAAAAGGAAGCACCUUUACGAAACAUAGAAAACUUUAUUGCAUUUUUGAAGAAAAAUAUGUAUAGGAUAAACAUGAUAAUCUAUCAGUGGGCAAAUGGGUACAGCACAAGUCAGCAAACUGAAGAAUAACAGGUGGGAUGUGGGUAGCAGGUUAGCACUAAUUCCAACUUCUGUAUAGGUAAAAUUGGACCCAAAAAGAUUAAAAAGUAUGUGAUCUUCUGCUUUCUGUGAAAGUUGGUAGGAGUGGGGACUAAUCUGGUUCUCUCCCCAGGUUCACCAGGCAUAUUAGUUAUUUUUCAUAGGACUGCUGUAUUUUCAAAGGGCACCCUUUAUAUAUGAAAUUGAUCAUUUUUACCUUCUGCAUCAUCUGUCUUGUUAAUGAGUCACAUACAUUUUUAAGGCUUUAAUGGGGGACUGUAAUAAAAGUGGGUAACCAAAAAAAUAUUUGCAAUGCGAAAAUGUAUGACUUUUAAUAAACAGAUAUUCCUCUGCGUGCAUUUAAUAUAGCUUUUGCACACCUGGAAACUUUUUAGCAACCACUUUAGACAGUGGAAGAAAGAUUGUAAAUAUUAUAGUUUGCACAGUGUAUUUAAUAAAAGUUCUUAAUGAAAAAGUUAAGCUUCACCUUCAAGCACCUCUUAAAAGUGUGCAAUGCGUAAUUAAAAUUCACAAUGCAGUAACAGUCUAAUAAAAUGCAAAUUUUUAUUCCUCAUUUGUGCAAUUUUUUUCUCCAUUAAUGACUUUUAUUACAAUCCCGCCAAGUAUCCAGAGUGCAGAUUCAAGCCAAUAUGUAACAUUAUCUUGCGUCAUAGAGUCAUAAAAGAAAAGCCAUCACCCAAAAAUAUGAAAACUGAUUAUGGGGCCAUAAUUUUAGUUGCUUAUGAAUGCAUUACAUUAAAACUGGUACACACAUGCAACCACUGAAUGCUAACUGGUCAAAGGUUCUUGUUGCCCAGUGCCUUUUCGUGGCAGAACUGAACAAGUCAGUUUAUCUACUCUAAUUAUCAAUUAUGCAAGAUGUGUUUUAUUGUCUUAUAUCAAUGUACCUGUCUUCAUAUUACGCCAGCUAAACGACUAGCCUAUGCAUCUCUUACCUUUUUUGCAAAUAAGGACUUCAUAAGUUACUUUUUUGCAUUAUUGUCAGAAGAAAAUCAAAAUUGUUGUGCUUCAAUAAAACAGAAAACCUUAAGGAGUUAA